GUUAAAGUAAAAUUUCAUCACUCGAAAGAUGGAUUUUUGGCGCUCAAACGAUUCCUCGAGCAUAAUACAACUUGCGUUAAUCAUCGUCGGUGUGAUAACAGGACUAAUUAUCGUAAUAAUAGGGUUGAUCAUGACUUUCAAGUACGCUCCGUGGCGACAACCACAACCUCUCAUCCUCAAACUCCAAUCCCUCUCCGUAACAAAUCUCAACAUCUCAAGUUCACUAUCAGACGCAACAUGGAACGCCAAGUUAUUCUUGGCAAACCAAAACAGCGUGCUCGAGAUUUUCAUAGACAAAUUCGAGACAUUAUUGUAUUAUAACCACAGCAAUAGACUCGAUCCGAUAUCAUGUAGCGUGGUGGAGGCAGUGCAUUUGUGGCCCCGGAGACAGAAACUGGUGGAGGCGAGGUAUAAUUCCCGAGAAUGCGAGGGAGAACAACCGUUCGUGGAGGAGAACAUGGCGGAGGAGAUGAAGAAAGAUGGGGAGAAAGGAGGGUUUUACUUGUUUUUAGGGUUGGAAUUCAGGGUAAAGUAUAGGACAGGGAUAUUGUACUGGGAUUAUGAGUUGAAACCUAAAUGUCCUCAUUUGGAAAUGCAGUUUGUUGCCGUUACCGGAGUUGGUUGGCUUACUGGUGAUGAGCCCAGGGAAUGUUUGGUACAAUUACCCUAAUUAUUUAAAAUUAGUUUUUUUUUUGUAAUUAUUAUAACGACAAAUACACAAAUUUGAAAAUAUAAU